ACACUGUGGCCAUGGUGUAGUCAGUAAGCCUGCUAGCCAUUUUAGGCUCAUUAUUAUUGUGACAAAAUGUUCAGUAAACAGUAACGUUUUCGUCUGCUGAUGAAGGAGGAUGUGGCGGGGAUGUGGCUAAAUAAUGGGAAACGUCUUUGGGAGAAAGAGUCGACCUUCUCGUGUAACGGAGCAAGACAAAGCCAUCUUGCAACUGAAACAGCAGAGAGAUAAGCUGAAGCAGUACCAAAAGAGAAUCUCCGUACAACUGGAGAAGGAGCGGCUUCUGGCAAAGCAGCUGCUGAAAGAUGGCAAGAAACAGAAGGCACUGCUGCUUCUUAAGAAAAAGCGAUAUCAGGAUCAGCUGCUAGACAAGACUGAAAAUCAGAUUUCAAACCUGGAGCGCAUGGUUCAGGAUAUUGAGUUCAUGCAAAUUGAGAUGAAAGUCAUCGAGGGGCUUAAGGUUGGCAAUGACUGUCUGAAGAGUAUGCACGAGAUCAUGUCAAUAGAAGAUGUGGAGAGAAUCCUGGAUGAGACCCAGGAAUCAAUUGAAUAUCAGAGGCAAAUAGAUGAACUGUUGGCUGGAGCUCUGACACAGGAGGAUGAUGACGCUGUUUUAGCAGAGCUGGAAGCUAUCACUCAGGGAGAAGAUGUAGCACUUCCAGAGGUCCCCACUGAGCCAAUACCAGAGGUCCCCGAAGCAGCUACAGCGGAACCAGACAGGAGAGAAGCAAAGAACAAGCCAGACAGAGAGAUGUUGGCAGCCUAACAGAUUGAAUUGGUGGUUGAUAUCCAGCGUUGAGCUGCAAAUAAAUAGAGUAGGAUCUGUUUGCUGUGAGUUUCGGUGUGUGAGGGUGGGCCCCUGCGUACAUCAGUGCAUCUUCACGCAUUUUAAAGGAUCAGCAUGGUCUGUACUCUGGUUCACUGCUCCCCUGAAGCAACUACAUGAAGUGAAAUUUCUGCGUCUGAUUUGGAUUAGCGAAGCAAUGUUACAUUGUAGCGGUUAUUGUAGAUGAACAGGAUGAAUUUUUAGACAUUUUACACAUUAAUUUCAGCUGUUUUACAUAUUAAAUUGAGCUGUGGAAACAAA